UUGUGUCUUCUAUUUCUCUUUCUCUCUCUCUUUCUUGUUUUUGCCGGCGAUCAUGGAGAAAAGCGGCUUCUCUCCCGUCGGUCUAAGGGUUCUUGUGGUGGAUGAUGACCCAACUUGGCUCAAGAUUCUCGAGAAAAUGCUCAAGAAGUGUUCUUACGAAGUAACGACCUGUGGGUUAGCUAGAGAGGCUCUGAGGUUGCUGAGGGAGCGUAAAGACGGAUACGAUAUCGUGAUCAGCGAUGUGAACAUGCCUGACAUGGAUGGUUUCAAGCUUCUUGAGCAUGUUGGUCUUGAAUUAGACCUCCCUGUAAUAAUGAUGUCGGUGGAUGGAGAAACAAGCAGAGUAAUGAAAGGAGUGCAACACGGAGCGUGUGAUUACCUCUUGAAGCCGAUAAGAAUGAAGGAGUUGAAGAUUAUAUGGCAACAUGUUCUGAGAAAGAAGCUUCAAGAAGUGAGAGAUAUCGAGGGCUGUGGAUACGAAGGAGGAGGUGACUGGAUCACUCGAUACGAUGAAGCACAUUUUCUUGGAGGUGGUGAAGAUGUUUCUUUUGGUAAAAAGAGAAAAGACUUUGACUUUGAGAAGAAGCUUCUUCAAGAUGAGAGUGAUCCAUCAUCCUCUUCUUCCAAGAAAGCCAGAGUUGUUUGGUCUUUUGAGCUUCAUCAGAAGUUUGUCAACGCGGUUAACCAAAUCGGAUGCGAUCACAAAGCUGGUCCCAAGAAGAUAUUGGAUCUCAUGAAUGUUCCAUGGCUCACUAGGGAAAAUGUUGCAAGCCACCUUCAGAAAUAUAGACUUUACCUGAGCAGAUUAGAGAAAGGAAAGGAGCUCAAGUGUUAUUCUGGUGGCGUGAAGAAUAUGGAUUCAUCUCCGAAAGAUGUCGAAGUGAAUUCCGGCUACCAAAGCCCUGGGAAGAGCAGCUAUGUAUUCUCUGGGGGAAAUUCUCUGAUCCAAAAAGUAACAGAGAUCGAUCCAACGCCACUUGCUUCAGCUUCUCUGUCUGACCCCAACACGGAUGUGAUCAUGCCUCCGAAAACAAAAAAGACGCGUAUUGGAUUUGAUCCUCCCAUAUCCUCCUCCUCUGCGUUUGACUCUCUGCUUCCUUGGAAUGAUGUUCCUGAGACACUUGAAUCGAAGCCGGUUCUGUAUGAGAAUAGCUUUCUCCACCAACAACCAUUGCCAAGUCAAAGUUCAUAUGUUGCAAAUUCUGCACCGUCUCUCAUGGAAGAGGAAAUGAAGCCUCUUUAUGAGACACCAGCAGGAGGCAGUAGUGUGAAUGCAGAUGAGUUUCUCAUGCCGCAAGACAAGAACCCUACUGAAACCCUUCAAGAUUUGGAUCCCUCUGCCAUAUCCAACAUGAAGCUUCAGGAGUUUAGCUCAAAUGUAACCAACAACACAGAGGCGAUUCUGAGAAGCUUGAACUGGGAACUUCCAGAAUCACAUCAUUCUGCUUCUUUAGACACUGACUUAGACUUGAGUUGGCUUCAAGGCGAGCAUUUUCUUGCAAACACCGGACUCCAGUUUCAAGAUUACAGUAGUAGCCCAUCACUCCUAUCUGAGCUCCCACACCACCUUUGGUAUGGAAACGAGCGGCUGCCUGACCCUGACGAGUAUUCCUUCAUGGUAGACCAAGGUUUAUUCAUAUCUUAACCUUGUUCCUAUAACUUCUUUUCGUAUAUUGGUGGGUGUAAUGCAGAAAGAUUUUGUGGGUAUACCUGAAAAUAAUCUUGCUUUCCCAAGAACCUUCCAUGUUCGAAUGCAUUGUACAAUAAUCCAUGAGUGUCAUA